UUGUGGAGUCGAUGUAAAGAAGCAGGGUGAUGUGACAGCAACAGGGCCGUGUGCUGCCCCAGGCUCUGGAGACUGGAGCAAGGCCAAAUGUUCACAUUCCUCCCUGUUUCCCUGCCGGACAAACCUCUGCUGUCCGGUGGAAACAGCCUGGGCACUGAUCUGAGAUCAACAAAAGAGCCAAAAGAGCUGAGAAAGAGAGAGAGAAGAGCUCUCACACACCCUUCACUCAAACAACAUUUCCCCACCUCUCUUUUCCUCAACCUCUUCCACUUUUGUGUGCUGGAGCAAGGUUAGAAACACUCAAGACAGAUUUAACAGACAGAUCAGGGGUGGACAUUCAAUUCCUCUGCUCUGAUUGCCACAGAAUAGCUCUUUUCUUUCUGCCUUAGUUCUCUGUAAGUGCGUUUAUUCUCUGGGCAAACGGAAGAGCUGUGUGGCCAGAGGAAUUCCAGGUCACAAGGAUUCCUCCGGCAAGCAUGACUUCACCUGUGUUCAUUUCCUCUCCAGCAAUGAGACCAGUGGCAUUGACUUCAAGAGGAACCGAAGACAUUAACAGAUACUUUUGUCAUUUUAGACUAUUUGGGGGAGCAUAGAGUUUAUUUGGACAUGAUGGGGUUCUUUUCAGUGGAACAGAGUGCCGUUCUGGUGGUGGCCGCUCUUUUUGGGAUGUACCAGUUUGCUAAAGGGGGGUGUUCAGGAAGGUGCUGUCAAGGCACAGAUUUCACCUGUGUCACUACAGAUUGGAGGAUGGACCUUGUCUAUGGGACAUGUUAUUGUGAUGAGAGGUGUUUAAAGACUAAAGAUUGUUGCUUUGACUACCCAACAGAGUGUCCAGCUCAGCCGUGUGUGGUGAGUGAGUGGAGUCACUGGAGCGGGUGCGCUCAUCACUGCCAGCCCUCAUUCCGGGUCCGGAGACGCAGCGUUGAGAGACCGCCCCAAAAUAGUGGACAGGCCUGUCCAAGGCUGGAAGAACAGGCCGGAUGCAUGGAGUAUCAGUAUUUAAAUUAUGUUUUUAGGUGGAACUCAAACAUGGACUGUUUUGGAUUAAAUCCAGGAGCAGCAUUCAUAACAACAAUGGAGUACAGCAAAGGCAGAACUCACGAUUUGUAUAGGGCUCCAACAGAUGUAGGUUUCUGUAUUGAGUUCAAGAUGGAGUCUCUGACACCGCAGUGCAUGGUGGAGAACAGACCCUACACGCGCUGGAUGCAGUACUUGAGGGAAGGCUACAGUGUCUGUGUGGCCUGCCAACCUCCGGCGAUGAACAACCACAGUUGGAGUUGCCAAGGAGACGGCAACCUAGCUGAGAGGGAUGAGCUUCUACACUGGCAGGCUGUGGGAAGCCCUCGCUGCAGAGGAACAUGGAGGAAAGUGCAGAGACUACAGCACUGCUCCUGUCCACAAGUGCACAGCUUCAUUUUCAUUUAACCAUAAGUUGCUUCUUCAACCCCCUUGAUAAAAUACAUCAGUAAACAAUAUAUCCUAUUACAUAUGUAAAACAACAACAACAUACUUUCAAAUACUAUUAUUGCUGCUGUAAAUAUAACAUACAUGAAAUAGCUGGCAUAGAGCAUACAUGAAUCACCUUGUAGCAGAUCUAUACAGGUGGAACUGGGGAAGGUGGAGGGUUUCUGAAGCAAGCUCCAACUGCUAUGGCAAGCGCUAGUCAUAUAUUUGAAUGUUGAGUAGCAAACUCAUUGGCUACUGAGACAGGAGAGAACCAAUCAGCAGUGCCAUGUGAUAAAGAUGUCAUUAGGUCAGAUUGAGUUAGACCUAUCGGACUGCGCCAUCUAGAGUUUUGUGCCAGAACUCUGUAUUUAUAGGAAUGAUAGGUGCUCCAGGUUUUGUUAAAAUAAUUCUUCAUUCAAAUAAAUGUAUAACUGUUGGAAAGAGCCUGCCCCCCCCAAAAAAAAUGACCAUAUAGGUCAUUUGUGCAAGCACCUUAUUACGACCUAUAUUUAUGUUUUAAAGUUAAGCGUCCUCUAGCGAGUGUAGAAAUAAGGACAGUAUCGUGCUGCAUCUGUCGAUAUUAAAUAACAUAUAAUGCCAUUAAUCAAAAGGCACAUUUAUUUAUUUGGAAUGGGUGGACUUUUUAUACCGAUCUCACAGUAAUUUGUACAUAUUUUACUAGAUGGCUUAUUCGCUCGAAGGACCACACCUAACCCCACCCCUAAACCUACCCCUCACAGAAAUCAUGCAAAAUUAUGAUUUAUAGAGCAUACAUUAUACAUUUUAUGAGCACGUGCGUUCUUUGGGAUCAAAUCCACGAUCGCAUGAUUAAAUGUAGUCCUAUAAUGCAAUACUCUACCAACUGAGCUACACGAAACCCAAAUUAUAGCAAAUAAAAGAGUACAAAACAUUCAUAUGAAAACAUGCUGUUGCCGAUUGGUAAAAUUUUAGUAUAUGCUCUGAUGAGUCAUAUUUCAGGGAUUUGGACAAAAUACAGAUACAAGCGUAGUGGUUGGAGGACAGCUUAGUUGGAAGCUAUAUAAUUCACCAUCUUGACCAGUGGAGUCAUUAAAUUGCUUGAUAUUUUUUGGUAAAAAAUUUAAUUAUUUUACUCAGUGAUUUUAACAAAUGGUUGAAUAAGUCAUCUGAUGAAGAAGAAAACCGAUAAGGAAGUAGUCUUUUGAGAAAUAAGAUAAAAGUAAGAAAUACAAACUCUAAUUACUAUAAAAAAUGUCUUUCCUAUAAUCUAUUAUAUGCUCUAUAUCUACAUUUAAAAAACAAAUUAUAAACAACUUUCUAAUUACUUAUGUAUUAAUAAUGCUUUAUCACCAUAUCAAUCCAACUUUAGAUCCAAUAAUUCUUCAAACGCAGCAUUACUUAAGUUCAUUAAUGACGUGUUUUCAGCUGCUGCUUCUGAUGAUUUGGUUGAUUAAUAUUUACUUUUAGAUAAACUUUAUGCUAUUGGUCUUCUCAAAAUGAAAUUAUGUGGUUUAAUUAAUACUUGCAUAACAGAAAACACAAUGUCAAUAAAUCAUAUUUUUUGUUCAACAAAGAGGUGGUUCAAUAUUGGGACCCCUUCUUUUUUCUAUUUAUAUUCAUUAUCAUGCAUUUUAAAUAAUUGUAAUGUUCAACUUUAUGCCGAUGACACUGUCAUAUAUGUGUCUAAUUCUGAUAUUUUACAAAUUCAGUUUUCUGUUCAGUAUGAUUUUAAUAUUUGCAAGAUUGGAUACUAAAUUAGUAAAUCUUAUUUCAUGAUGAGUCUUAUAUUAUGAUUUUUGGUUUUAGAGAGAAACUUAAAUCCAAAAUUUAUUCUUGCAUUAUAUCAAGACAGUACUCCUUUGCAUACUCGAUACUAAUAAAUAUCUUGGUGUGUUCACUUUCCUUUUAGUGACAUAUUAAUCAUAUUCCACAUGAAAUCAAUUUUGGAAUUAGUACUGUACAUCAAUCUCAAAAUUGUUUCACAUACAGUGUUUGUAAGAAACGUGUCUCUCAACUUCCAGUUGUUGAAUAUUGUGAUGUUGUUUAUCAUCACUGUACAAUGUAUGAUGCACUCCAGUGGCCAUCUUUGCACAUACAGUAAGAUGACAUAUUCAUUGACUUCAGUUUCAUAAUCGGAUGUAUUUACUGUUAAGUUCUGUUCGGACUUGCUCCUUGUGUCAAAAUAAAUGAAUAAAAAAUAAAAACAUUGGUAAGAAAGGGUUUUUGUGUUUAAAGCCUCAACAGACUGGAAUAGUUUACCUGCAUAUAUUCAAACUAUUGCUUCAAGUUUUUUAAGCAAACUUAAUUAUAUUUAGUUUUGGUCUGUAAAUGUUAUCACUGAAGAUGUUACUGUUUCUUUAUUAUUAAUUUUUUUUGUUCAUAUUUGAUUGGAUUCAUUGAUAAGUAUAUUUUCUUUCAUAUUUGUUAUUUCAAUUUUGUGGUGUUAUUUUCUAAUUAAUGUUAGUGUUUUGUUGUUUGGUUGUGUUUAUGGUUUUUUUAUUAAUCUGUUUUGUUGUUAUUAUGUUGUGAUUACGUUAAAUUGUUUUUGGGAGCCCCUCGAAAAGGAAAUCUCAAGGGGUUAAUCUUAAUAAAUUUACUUGCAUAUAUUUAUUAAAAUCUCUUUAGUUUUUACAGUA